AUAUUUAUAUACUUUGACCUUCAACCUUGCAAAAUAAAUAAAAACAGGAGAAACUAUAACCGUGCGUUUGUGAUUAUCGUGAUUGUUCAAAAUAUUAUUACUUAAUUCAUCAUAAAUUCCACUUCCGUGAUUGCGAAGAUAAAAGACAUUGAAGAAAAUAGUGUCAAGUGUUUUGACAAAAUCAAUAAAAUAUAAAAAUGGAGGAAAAUCGAAACAUGGACGAUAUCGAACAAAAUUUCCUAACUCAAUUCAGCUCAAUGGUAACAACUGAUAAAGACGAUUUGAUUAAGCAGUUUCAGUCAAUUGGAGAAAAUCUAAACUAUUCCACAGCUACAUUUUUUCUGGACAUGAGUAACUGGAAUUUACAAGCUGCUGUUGGAUGCUACUUUGAUUUCAUGGCGUUUUCUCGUCUUCCAUCGAUGAAGUUUCUGAAUGAUCUGACAGUUGGAAAGGAUGAAAAAGUAACCCCAAACACACCAUUCAAACAAACAUGGUUAUUACAAAAUAAUGGUGACAUCAGCUGGCCAGAUGGAACAUAUUUGAAAAAUGAGACCGAAGAAAAAAAAUAUUCAAUGCCUUCUCUACCACCAAACGACACAACUAUUGCAACAAUUGAACAGCUGAGCCCAGAACUUGUAGGCCCAUUUAUCACUAGAUGGUGUCUAUAUACUUCAAACGGAACACAAUUUGGAGAAACAAUUACAUCAAGCAUUGAUGUGUGCCAAAGUGGAACAUUAGCUAUUACACAACAGAUGUCACAACUACAGCCAAUGGCAUGCCCGGAUGAUGAAAUAUUAGAAACACUGUCUCCAAUGCAUCAGCCGGCGUCGUCAAUGUCAUCAAUCGAAAAACAGGUCGAUGAAGCGCCCGGUGAUGAAAAUAGCAGCAAUAACAACGCAGAACCAUUCAGCUCCAAAUUAUCGAAUCCCCGGUCAAUCGAUCGCAAUGUAUUCCGUAGCUGCGUAGGAAAUUUGUACUUUGUGUUCUUCCCCGCCAUCGCUAGCUUCACAAAAACGGACAAAAUGUCAUCCGCACCGUCGUCACCACAAACGAACGAGUAGUGUUGAUAAAAAACGACAAAAGGCCCAGUUACCACAGUUGAUGCUGAUGGGAGCUCAAUAGGCUAUGGAUGAAAAGAAAAUGGUCAUGAUAAAUAAAUGAUAAUGUGAAACAAUAUUUCUAAAAUGGAGGACAAAAA